CUGAGAAAAAGUUUUUAAAAAGAUUUAACCAGUGUUUACGGCGGAAUCCCGAAAUAAGAUCUUUAGGAUCCAUCCGUUGUUUUGAAAGUAUUAUAUGGAAGCUGCAAAAUGAGGAGGGCCCAAAGAUCAAAGAACAAGGAGGAAAGGCCUGCAAAGAGGAGAAAAACGGGGACAGAAGAAAGCCAAAUGGUACUGGACAUAACGCAAAACGUGACUGCAACAGUCCUUUUGGAGCUUCAAAAAGCAGGUAUUUUGCCUAAGACUCCUACCACUGACUCUACUUCUCUGAGUGACAGUGCCAAAUCUAGUUCCACAGAAACAUUGUCAGGAAAAACAACAACAUCAAAUGCCACAAAGGAAACCGUAUCUAAGGAGACUCCGGUAGAGCAACCCCAAGAGGAUGUUGUAGAGCUACCUGCCUCAUCAAUCUCAGGUACAAGAGUUUCUACAUUUGGCACCAGAUGCACGAAGGGAGCCGUCAGCAAUUCCAGAGGAAUUGAUGCCAAACAACUUUUGGACAACAUUGCAAAAUUGGCCUCAGCUGCAUUAGCCCCUUCUACAAAACUUACUUAUAAAAGAGCAUGGACAAGAUUUGAUACAUUCUCUGUGUCUUUUAAGAUACCCAACAGUGUUCCAUUCAGUGUAACUACAGUGGCUCUUUUUGUGUCAUAUUUGUUUCAAGAAGCCUUCUCUCCCAGAACAAUAUCAACAUAUUUGUCUGCAAUAGCUUAUGUUCAUAAGAUGUUGAACUUUGAAGAUCCAACUCGUGCAUUUGUCAUUCAAAACUUAGUGGCAGGGGCUUAUCAACUAGGCAAUACAUUCGAUAUUCGUUUACCCAUUACCACAAAUAUACUGAAUCGUCUUCUUGACGUCAUCCCAGAUGUUAUUAGCGAUAAGUAUACACAAACGUUGUUCAAAGCGCUAUUUCUGUUUGCAUUUUCAUCAUUUGCUAGAAUAGGAGAGCUGAUAUGUAUGUGCGGCCCCUGA